UGUCAAAAAAAUCGUCUUCUCAGCGUGUUUAGCUUGUUCUGCAGUUAUCUUCGCACAGAUACCGUUUUCCAAGGAUGUUUUUAUUAAGUUUUUAGUUUUAUUAAUUAAAUAUCCAUUCCUAAAUCGUACAGCAUAUUUGCCGGAGUGUUUGAUCAUGAUGAGUGAAUUGUGCCCUCGAACCGACUUAAUUCGCAGCUUGGUGUCCCGAGAUGUCAGCAUUUACGAGCAGUUUCUGCUAUUCGCACGGAACGACCCACAGUUUAUGGGUAAUGUUAGUCGCCUACAAAGACCGGCAUUGGAAGCAACGGUGUACGUUCUGAUAUUGAAACUAAAACAAGGAGUGGGAACUGAUCAAAACCGGAUCAUUGGAUUGAGCGAGGUGCUUGGGCUGAUUGAACAGAACCAUCUGUACUUGCAAAAGGACGAGGAAUGUUUGGGGUUAUUGCUGCACAUCUUGGGACUGGCGUUGACGUUGGACGAAGAAGACGCCGCAGACGGUUGUCGUAAAAUCGAGCUUUUUAUUGACAAACUCCAGAAGGAGUUCUUUGAGUUGCCUGUGUUCUACGAAGUUCUUAGAACUCUGCUGAUAGUGGCGCUGGAACGCGAGCAAUUGCAGGCAGUAUUUCAGAACUUGAAGGUAUGCGACCUGGUGAAGAAUCUGCAUUCUGAGUCGCAUCAAAUCCGUAUGAAAUCUUUGGCAUGCUUACAACUUUUGAUGAACUUCAGACGAGAGGUUGUCGAUGAAUGGCAUCGAGCAAUUCAGCAAGGAGAUCGGAAGUUAACCCGAGAGCACAGUAGCUUUAUGCUUUGCCAUCUAGUUGAAACCGUGGUUCAAAUGAAGGAUACAGAGUCGAUUCUCAUCAUCGUGCAAUCCACAGGGACAUGGAAACUAAUCAAGUCAAACUGCGAAUCUGAAGACCAGUUAAUCAGGAAGGAAGCCUUGUCGGUGAUCAAAAAUCUUCUAGGAUAUCUAAAAGAGUCCUUCACAGGACAUGUAACGAAUAAUUUAUUCGAGUGGGAACCGCCUAAGGCAAUAAAACUGACUGAAGCUUGGCAGUGCUUUAUAACGAUAGUUGAAACCCUAAAUGAAUCGCAAACCCACUUAGUAAUGCCAGCUUUACCAUUACUCGAAAAGCUCAACGUGAUAGCUGACGAUUGGAGUAAUUCCAUACUGAUAUUGAUUCUAAGACAUGAAAAUUUGUCCGUAUCCAGUUGGGGCAUCGAUUACCUGCUAGAGAAGAGCAAAUAUGAUGGACGUCGACAGGAGUUGGAGCUCAUUCUGCUUAUGGCAUUGAACAGAACGGCAAUCUUUCAAGAUUUCACCAGAGUCAAACGCCAGCUAGUUGACUAUUAUUCGAAUGAAGAUGCAUGUAGUUUCCUACUCAAACACAUCAAGGACGUAUCGUGGGGUUCAGUUCCAUUCACGUGUUUGUUAGAAGUCAUAGACCAUCUGCUCGAAACAACGAAUGCUGUUCAUUGUUUGGAAGAGUCACUCAAUAGCUUAGUAGAGCAGUGUCAAGAGGUCAAGAAUUUGAAUCUGAGAUGCUUAGCAUCAUUACAACUUUCCGAAUUGCUAAUGAAAAUAACAGUCAGAAAAGAGAUCAGCACAAAGAUUUCAUUGGAUCGCAUUAUUUUCCAUUUGAACGUACUUUCAAAAAUAACUAAUCGAAGCAUGGCAGAGUUGCAUGAUUGGACCCAAAUGCAAUCCCUCGUCGAUGGCAGUUCUUUUGAGCUUAUGCUUAGCAAAGUAACCCCAUCUGACGAGAACAUACUGAGAGAUGUGUUUGUUCCGUUCAUUAAGGAUGAACGGAUAACUUCAACUGAGCGAUGGUUGCAACAAAUUUUUGAACGAGAUUUACUUUUGGCCAUAAGGCUUCUACAAUAUGGGAUCCUGCCGUUCAACGAAGAGGAGUUAAAAUCCAAACUUGAAGCGCUGCUGGAGAAUUUUGGCCAAGACAACGAAACCACUCUCAAAGCGAUAGAAAUUUACAAGGAAGUUGCGCAGAACGCCCAUCUUCUUCCCUUAGUCGAGGAAGCCAACCAAAAAUUGAUACACAUUCUAGACAACCCAUUACAUCGACUGAGUUACCAGUCCCCUGCCAUUGCUGUUACGGUUCAGCUGGUGCAUCUGUUUGUUCUUCUGGAUCGAGUGGACAUGGUAGAUCUGUUUUUCGCCAACUUCACCUUAGAGGAGCUGAUUAAGACGAUUCAAAUGCGAAACAGCGAUAAAAGUUUGUACGGGGCAGUGUUUGCAACGUUGAGCGACAUUUUUCUAUUCUAUUUGCGGUGUAAGGAUGGCGAUGUGUCCAUUAAAAAUCAGAUCAUUGAAGACUAUUCCAAACUUAUCGACAUAGGAGAUGUACACGUGCUGUUCAAUACACUGGAAAUAGUUUCGCUGAUAUUCACAAAUCAGAUGAAAAAUUUGAACGACGAUUCCGAAUUCAAUGCAUUAUCUUUGGUGGUGAGCAGGUGUUACAAGGAGAUAUUAAUCUACCGCAAAUCAGAUCACUUUAUGAAACUGAUGAAUAAGUUCGUUGCCACAGUAUUGGCUCCAUGCUCUGUAGAAGCUGAUUUGACUGAAGAAGGAUGUCAGCGAUGGUUGAAGGACGUUGUUACCGAUUAUUUUUUGAUGUUCUUGGAGCAAGCUACAGUGAUUGGAGGGUUGGCGAAUGUUUUGUUUAAAAAACUGCUUUUAUUGCCAAUCGAAACUUUGCUCGAUUGGAAUGCGUUUGGGAAGCUGUUGCUUACUGGGCUACUUUUUGGCGAUGGGCAAAAGCGAGAGCAGAGGAUUGAAGAUGAAGCAUGCAUAGCCAGCAAAUACUUUGACACUUUGCUCCACAGACCACCAACCCAACUACAAUCAGACGCUCGAGUAAGAAUCCUGUGCGUACUAUUCCUCUACCGGUUGACUAAAACCAGUCAUCCUGAUGCUACCCUAUUUCUUCUGAAACUCGAGCGCAUGCUGGUUGAAAAAUUCCUACAGAUAACCAAAGCCAAGGAACGAUACUACGCCGACUCACAAACCCAUCGACACAAACUGCGAAUAGUCCAAGCUCUUUGUGUGGUAAUCAAGCUAACAGGAACAAAACCGUACUCCCUGUUAGACAUAGUCCUGUACGAGACAAAUCAACCGAACAUCAACUACCUCAUCGAGUUGAUUCUUGCAGACUCAACAAUCGACACUCUAACCAUUAUCAACUCCCUCAAGAAUGACAAAGUCAAAGUGUCCGGCGUGCAGUCAGUGUUCGUCAUUCUAUGGUUACGAUGCUGCAAAACCAACUACCUCGACGCGGAAUACAUCAACUUUUUGUUGCCGUGGACUAUGGCACAGAACUUUUCUACGCGCUUGUACGCACAGAUCACCAUAUCCAAACUGUUGGAGAAGUUCUACGAAAAGCCCACCAAACCAGACCAAUGCCCUUUUAGUAACAUUUUCAGUGCAAUCAACAGUUACCUCAAGCAAGGCAACGUGGAGAAGAAUUUGGAGAAAUGUAUGAAAGACUUCCGCUUCAACAGCAUCUUCGAUUACGACAAUCUGCUGACGCUGGAAAACGUGUUCCACAAUAUUCCCAAAGUGUCUGGGAUGGCUUCGGAGGAUGUUGUUGGGACUAAAAGUCUUAGGGAGUGUUUUGAAACAUUGCGGUUGAGCGAAGUUAAUUUGGGGGACGCCCUGAAAUUCGAUUAUUUGACUAGUGAGAGGAAGGAGAAUUUGUUCCUGAACCAAGGUUUUGGCGGAGCAGAUCAUAUUCAGAAAAAGAUAGUUCCGCUGAAGUGUUUGGAGCCAACGUUGGAACUGCUUACGAAUUUGCCAGAGAAGCUGCGCUUGAAAAAGAAAGGCAAUGUCGAGGGCUUGAUCGUUGUAGCAAGUCUAGUCAACAGAGCGCCAAAUUUAGGUGGCUUAGCUCGCAGCAGCGAAAUCUUCGCGGUGAAACAGUACAUCGUUAAUUCGUUGAAGGAUUUGGAGAACAAAGAAUUCCAAGCGCUGAGUAUGACUGCGGAAAAGUGGUUGAACGUUGCGGAGCUGAAAUCCUUCCAGAUUGUCGACUAUUUGCUGGAGAUGAAGUCAAAAGGAUACUCUGUCGUUGGUGCAGAACAAACGACCGGAAGCCGACCGAUACAACAGAUAGAAUUUCCGAAACGCUCGAUUCUAGUGCUGGGGCAUGAGAAGGAAGGACUUCCUGCGCACAUAAUUUCCCAUUUGGAUAUAAUAGCGGAAAUUCCACAGUUCGGAGUGGUUCGGUCUUUGAAUGUUCACGUUACUGGUGCUAUUUUUAUGUGGGAAUACGCUAAACAGCAUCAUGUGGUUGAUCUAUGAAAUCGUGGGACAAUAUAUUUUUGAAUUUUUACCAGUA